UCCUCCAAUCUCGUCCACAUGGGUAUUUCUCGCUCUUCCCGGCACAAGCGUUCUGCGACUGGGGCCCAACGCGCGCAUUACCGCAAAAAGAGAAAGUUCGAGCUUGGGCGGCAGCCUGCUAACACCAAGCUAGGCCCUAAGCGCAUCCAUCGUGUGCGUGUACGCGGCGGGAACUUCAAGUUCCGCGCUCUACGUCUUGACACUGGUAACUUUGCAUGGGCAUCGGAACAUACAACGAGGAAGACCAGGAUUAUCGGCGUUGUUUACAAUGCCUCAAACAAUGAAUUGGUCCGAACGAAUACUUUGGUACAGGGUGCGAUUAUCCAAGUUGAUGCGACGCCCUUCCGGCAGUGGUACGAGGCCCACUACGCGCAGCCAGUAACGAAGAAGGGUGCUAAAGCCCAGGCGACUGCCUCUGGCGAGGAACCCACAAAACGAUCCAACCAUCUGCAACGUAAAUUGGAGGAACGCAGAAAGGAUUCGAAGUUAGACCUCCUUUUGGAGCAGCAGUUCGUCGCGGGACGUCUGUAUGCUUGCAUUUCCAGUAGACCAGGACAGUGUGGCCGUGCAGAUGGUUAUAUUCUCGAAGGCAAGGAACUUGAGUUCUAUGUUCGGAAGCUCCGCAGUGGGAAGCAGAAGCAUGCGCAUGGUGCGUGAUCCUCAUCCACUUCGUACAGCUGGGAGGCUGGAAGUCUACCUAUGAGCCACAUGAAUAUUGUAAUACAUGCCCCAAAAUCCCAUAUGACUUGGUCUCUGCCUUCCUAUGAUAGUUUGAAGCCGGGUUUGUCCGCUUUCCGAAGUAAUUAGAACGGCUGGUAUAGUCAGGCGUGUGAACUUCGUCUCCAG